AUGGUUAGAGAUCCCCAGAAGGAGGCUAAAGAUGCUGAUGAUGGUGAGAAGAAUCAAGUAUUUGUCAUGAGUGGGUUCCCUCUGGGAGUUCAACUGAAAGAUCAGUAUUUUCUGCACAAUCAUUUGAAAUUCAAGUUGGAGUAUCAUCGUCCCGAGGACGCUGACGACAGCGGGGUCUCGCUUUACCGAGUGGUGGGGUUUGAGAUUGAACCAAGCAGUUUGAAGCAGUUUGUGAGGGAUGGUGGUGACUCGGCUGUUUGCCAAAGCGAAGGAGCCUCUUUGGAGCCUCUUGACCUCGACAAGGCAGAGACUAUCACAUACACCUAUGAUGUGGAAUGGACUGAGAACCCCGAUAAGGAAUGGGUGACACGCUGGGACAUCUACCUUCAAAUGUCCCCAGGGUCGGGCCAAAUACACUGGUUCAGCAUCAUCAACUCGGUGCUUAUCGCGUUGUUCUUGUCUGGUAUGGUGGCUAUGAUUCUCAUCCGAACUCUUGCGCGUGAUAUUGCCAAGUACAACGAGCUU